UGUGCUGCAGGGCAUUUGGAAACCGGGGUAUAUGUGUGAUGUAGUGGAGAGGACAAACAAACGCUGGUGUAGAAAACUGCAAACCACAGAAAGUUCUAUUCAGGAAGUGCUGAUAAUCAGCCACUUCUCUACUGUUCUGCAGCUGCCACAGCUUCUGGUGGAUAGGGGUAUGCUCGGGUCCCCUUUGACUCGGACUCUAGCUGGGUUCUCCGCAAGUCGGUUUCAGUAGAUCCCAGAAUGAUGGGAAGCUCCAGCGGGGGGUCGUCUUGUCCCUCCACGGGCUCGUUUGUCGCUUGGUUUGUGGAUUCUGCAGACCCAACCGUCCCUGGACCUCUGACGGAUGCAUCACCACUACAAGACUUUCCUGAGAAGAACCAGGGUGCAGCUAGUUCCAGUAAGACACCACUUCUCCUUCUGUCACCUCCUGAAACCUGCAGAGGAGACGAUAGCACAUUUCCCAUAAAAAGCCCUCAGGGGACUUUCUCGAGAAGAAACGCCCUCAGACGGUGCCGGCCCGGCCUGCUGCAGACAGACUCGCACAGUCCUCCAAAACACACCGAAAAAGAAAGAAAAAGCGACAAAUCUGAGAGAAAUCAAAACAUUUUCUUCAGCUCUGAAAAGGAGCCAAAGUCUCCUGGAGGUGGAAACCUCCUCCUACCGAGGAGCAGUCCAGUCCUUUCCAGGAGGCCCAGACCCCUCUCCUGGCAUGGGAGGAGGAGUCCACCUGCAGAUCCAUCAAGCUUGGACCUUCUCUCGUCUUCAGGCUCUGCAUCAUUGAAAGCCAGCAGUGCGGAGAAUCUGGGAUCCAAAGUGAGAUCCAGCAGAUGCACGUUCCUAGUCCAGGUGGAUGAAGAUCGGAACAGCAUCAGCUCAUCAGAUCACAACAGCCUCCUCAGCAGCCACAGUCAGCCAGGAUCGGUUGAUGGGGACACCAGGCAGAUCUUUGAGAGACUCGGGAAUGAAGACGGCUGCACGUCGUCGUCAUGUGACAGAGAACGGGCUUUCAGCGGCGUCUCAGAUUUUACUGCAGACAUAUUUAGGGCCUGCUGCGAGCUGGAAAAGGAAAAUGCUCAUUUCAUCGUGGUGGACAUGCUCAUGGAGGUUCUGGAAGGAGCAAAGUGGACUCUAAGCUUUGAUCAGAGGACAGCCCUGAUGGAGAAGCACCAAAACACAGAACAAGACCCGCAGAACCACACAAGCUCUGCACAGCACUGUCCACCACACAAACAGAACUGUAGAACACACAGACACACACAGGACCGCAGCAAACAUGACGGAGAACCAGAGAGACCGUCCGGAGAUCAGCCCACAGAGGGAAAAGAUGACAGAGAAUCCAGGAAAAUGAAACCAGAACAGCCUAAAAUGUGCUCAGUCCUCUCCACUGACAGCGGAUUUGAAGACUGUGGAUUAGACAUAACUGCGACGUCAACAGAGUCUGACAGAAACAGUGCAGAGUAUCUGGCCCAGCGGCUGGUCUCCCAGUUCAAGAGGAAAUGGCUCCCAGCACACAAACUCUGGAGAGGUCGACAAAGUCUCCGCAGCUCCCUCCAGGAGCUCCCAGGCACUGAAGGAGUGGUGAGCAGCAGAGGCAGCCUGGCAGAGGAGAUCCAGAUGAGGACCAGGAUGAGAGGAUCUCUGACGUGGGCUCCACCGUGUUUCCAGAUCAUCUUCACUCUUCAUCCAGCACACAGACGCAGUGAAAUGGUGGCUUUGCAGAACUUCCUGUGCGCGGGUUGUGGGACAGAAGUGGAGCCCAGAUACAUCAAGAAACUGCGGUACUGUGAAUAUCUCGGCAGGUAUUUCUGUGACUGCUGUCACAGUGGCUCUGAGGCUGUGAUUCCUGCUCGUAUUCUGUCCUGCUGGGACUUCAGCAGGUACUCUGUGAGCGAUUUCUCCAAACACCUGUUGGAUUCGGUGAGGCACGAGCCUCUCUUUGACCUGACCUGUGUGGGAACGACGCUCUGCAGCCGAGUGAAAGAGCUCAGCAAGUUCAGGGAUCUGCAGGAACAGCUGAUGGGCAUCAAGAAGCUGCUGAAGGCCUGCAGAUUCUCCGGAAGGGUGUUGGCCGAGUUUGACCAGUUCCCAGCUCACCUGACGGAGUCGGCGCUCUUCUUCUCCCUGAACGACCUUCUGAUGGCGAAGAAGGGGCAGCUGGUGGCGCCGGCCAGAGCGCUGAUGCUGUCUGCCGUCAGUCACGUGGAAAGCUGUGAGCUUUGCUUGUCCCGAGGAUUCAUCUGUGAAUUCUGCCGGCAAAAAGACGUCAUCUUUCCGUUUCAGAGGAACAUUUGUAAACGCUGCAAAGAGUGCAGAGCAUGCUUUCACAAGCACUGCUUCAUGGGGAGAAAUUGCCCAAAAUGUGCACGGAUCCAGUCCCGCAGUAAAGUCCAGAUGCGUCCUUGAAGAGGUCGCUCUGAAGAACUGCAGUUGAGCGCAGUGAUGCUACACCUGCGAGAAGAAAGCUACAUUUCUGUUACUACUGACGGUUCUAGUACUUCUACACUGUGAAGAUUUACGGAUGUUACACUCAUUGCUCUGGAGCCAUUUAUUUUUUGGACUUUUAAAGAUACUAAUUCAAAUGGAAUUCUUGAAAAAAUUAAAUGAAAAAUACACAUUUAUUUUUAUUCCCAAUAAUCAUAAGUGAACUAUUUAAAUUAAGAAAUGUUAGAUUUUCAGAGACAAACCUGUUUUAAAGUUGAUGCCUUGAAGAAUGAUCUGUAGAUUAACUAUAGAGCCGCUUAUAGUUCAUGACGUUCCAUUUUUUCCUCAACUCAAGGCCCCAAUGUUUCUAGAAAAGCUAAAUAUUAGAAAAGCUAAAUAAUAAAAAAAUACCAUAAAAUUAUUAACUUUUCAUGUCAACAAAAUUGAAACUGCUUAUAGAUUAAUGGAAUUUAGUUUUCCAUAUAAAAAUUAAUUUGUCAUCACAUAGUUUAUUAAUUAUUUAGUGAAUAAACGAAUUCCUCAUUUUUAAAUGCACAUUUUUCUUGAAUAACCUCAAAAUACAUCAAGAUAUUAUUUAUUUAUAUGUUCAUUCAUUGCUGAUUUAAUUGUUAUUUUUUAUUCUGCUUUAAUAAAAAAAAAAUGUCAUGAUACUUUUUUGGUUGUACAGAUGAACUUUAGUUUUUCAAUGAGUAAAACACUGAAAUACAAUGAAAUUAGCAUUUUUAUUUUCUGUAAAUGCUUUUGUUUUUUACUUUACACGAGUUCCUAAAAAUAAGAAACCCUGUGAAACACAAUAUAAUCUUCUGACUAAAUAUUAUAACAUUAAUAAUAGAUCAAAAUAUCAAUAAAACCAAAUCAAAAUCAUCUUUAAAGGUGGGAUAUUGGGUAUAUACAAGCAGAACAAUUAAUUGGGACAAUAAAUGUAAGCCACAGACCGAAAUGCGUUAGGGAGGGUUUAGAAAUGUAAAGUUUUGUUGUUUCUGCUCAUAAAGUCGCCUUUUUGCUUUUUGUUUAUGAAAAGGAACAGAUUAUAUAAGAAUUUUUUCUCAAUUGUUGAAGUCUAAAGAAUGACCUUGUAAAAAAUGGCAUGAACAAUAAAUUAUUCAUUCAUUAUA